AUGAACUCCAGUGUAAUAGCCGCCACCCCAGUACCCAGUCCGGCGAUAAUCAAGACCCUCCUCAUAACAUACAAGGAAGCCCAAGACCGCAAGAAACCGGUCGAUGGAACCGCGCAGCCGGCCAAGAUGAGGCCCUACAUAGUCAAGGUCAACAAAUCAGGCCGCCAGACCAUGUCACCGACCAACAAAUACCAACAACCACCACCUCCUCCUCGUCAGUCCACGUACGGCACCGUAAUCAGCCACCGCAGGCUAAAAAAGAUGAUCCACCCGGGGUCCAAGCCCAGCACCGCCCAGAUGAGCACCGGGUAA